AUAAACCACUAAUAUAAAUCGUUUGCAUGUGAAGGUCCAGUUGUUAAUUAUAAAAAGAAAGAAAGAAAAAAAAACCAUCUUUAUAACUGAGGAUUACUUUUUGGGGUUUGACCAUGAGAGUAAAUAUUUCCAAUAUCAUGUGGCGUGGCCAUCAAGAUACCACAGACAGCUUGACCCUUAUGCACUGUAUUAAAACUGUGCCAACGGUCAUGAACAAUACCAUCACAACACCAUUUUGGAGUAUCAAAACAACGACAUCAGACACAUCGUCAUCGAUAAAUGAAUCGUCAGAAGUAAAAACAAUGGUUAUUAUGAUAUUUGUUAUGGUCAUGCUGGUUAUAUUGUAUGCAGCUGGUUAUCGACUGUGCUCCAAGGAAAAGUACAUUCAGCAUGAGUCUUUGAAGGAGGCCGCACUCCAUAUUGCACUUACUUUGUUGACAUAUUUCUUUUACCUUUUUGAUACUAUUUCUGAUGUGUUCCUGCUCAUACAUUACGCAAAGAUUGGAGAAUUAUCAUCUUUUUUCGUAGUUUUGGUUUUCACCGUCUUGCCAGUGCUCUUUAUAGCGGCGUAUUUUUAUACGCAAGUAUCCGGAAAAGUCAUCACGACGUAUUUUGAAAAUUGUUGUGCAACAUGUGUAAAUAAAUGUCGAUGUUGCGGCGUGGCAAUCAAGAUACUAUCAGGAUUCCUGUUGAGUCUAUAUGCAGUAUUUUUGCCAACAUAUACGCAUGCUCAAGCACUCGCACAAGGGAAACAACCAGAUAGAAAAUUGGAAUAUACUCUAGCUUACCUUACUCUCGUCGAAGCUACAGUAGAGUCAGCUCCACAGCUAACAAUACAAAUAUACCUGUCAAUUACGAAUACGCUCACUGCCACUACUCAAACAAAGAUACUUCGUUAUAUGAAUAUAAGUGCAUCUUCCUUAGGAUUGGCUUGGUCUUUGAAUGCCUUCAAACAUCAAUAUCGAAAGACGAAACAGAACCAAGAAGAUGGCAUUUUAAUAAAAGUCAUUCACUGGAUAUCACGGUUUGCUGAAAUUGUGCCACGUAUCAUCUUAAUUGCGCUUAUUAUGGCUGAAUAUAGCUAUUAUGUUUCAUUUUUUAUAGCUUAUCGUCUUCUACAUGGACUGAUGUACAUCUGCAGUAAAGGAAACAAUGUUCUGGACUUAUUGUUGGGAAUAUUUGGCAACAUAUUUUGCUUUUCUGUUUCUCGCAUUUAUCGGUGCCACAAGAAAGAACACUGUGGGAGAAUAUUCUUUCCAUUUUACUACAUUUUAUUUUAUUUUGAAAACGCUUGCAUGUUGUAUCUAUGGUACAGUGAUGAUUUGGUUUUACUUUCGAUAAAGAUUGGGGGCGCGUGUUCAAACCAUACAGGGAUUGUGCCUUAUGUAUUCAUUGUUGUCAUUUUGGGGUUCAUUGUUCAACCGUCGUGUCUGUUACUUUACUAUCGGUUACGUAAAAAACAGCAUACACCAAACGAUACAAACACAUCUGAAUAGAAACUAUUUCGCAAUCAAGCAUGAUUAUAGCAACUGAUAGGUUUCAUAGUUGUAACCAUAAUCUUGACUACCUUUUAGGCGUUAUUAAAUUUGCACUUUUAAAAAAAAUAAGCAGAAUUUAUCUUUGUUUCAAAUAAAGAAUUACUUGGCAUGACUAUCUUUAUCCUGUCCAGUACUAUAGAAAUAAUUUCACAUAACCAGUCAUUGCAUAUAAGAAAAUAACCAUCAUUGGAAGUUAACCAAUCUCAUUUAUACCAUUAUUUCAUCUGUGUACUAGGUUUAGUCACCAUGUAACCUCAAGAUUCCGAAAUAUUCUAUAGAAAUCCCAAAUCAAAAGUAAUGGUGUUUUGAAAUACCCAAGAAAUAUGUUUAUGACACAGAAAUGUUUUACUGCAAUUUAAUGUAGGAUUAAUUACCAACAACUGUCAAAUUCAAUGGAAUAUUUUGUUAUGACCUGUUUUUGUAUACAACCGGAUGUGACGUACCAUGACUUGGUGGCAUUACACCUUAAUCGUUUGAACAUCUACGAACGAUAGUAUUAACUUUACACGAUUAAAUUGAUUGCGAAACAUUAUUAUGUCACUGCUAACACUAUACACUCACUUUAGAUCAUCGAAAGAUUUUGCUGUGCCUCUUGUUUCUCAAUCGUCUUUCCCUGUACUGUCAUCUAUGUUUUGUUGAAGGGAAUGUAUAUUGUCGCUUUUUGUCAAUUUUUGU